AUGCACCCCGAAGCCCACGGUAAGCAGAAAGCAGGUAUAAAGGCACUGCAGGCCCAAGAAAGCAGGUAUCAAGGCACUGCAGGCCAUGGCUCACUAAGGGCUGUUGUGUCACUGAGUUUAGUUUAUCUUAAACCUCUUCCUAAUUCUUGUGUUUCUGUCAAAGCUUUUGGUAGUUACACACUUCCAGUUCCUGAUCUGUAUUUAAUUCUGGUUGCUACAAGGAGAGAGUGCGUCCUUUCGCCUUGCAUCAACUCGGGCCGCUUCUUUUUUCCUGCUUGUGGUACUUCUGAAGCAAGUUUCGAACAUAUGAAGGGACAAAACUACCAAUACUGGAAGGAGCUGGCUAGCAUUGAAAUGAAUUCAGGAAAACUGACUAACAAUACGGAAAUAGCAAAGCGUCUCAAUGCCAUUAUUGCUCAGAUAGUGCCGUACCUAUCACAAGAGCACCAGCAGCAGGUUGCUGCUGCGGUAGAGCGUGCAAAGCAAGUCACAAUGACAGAGCUAAACGCCAUUGUCGGGCAACAACAUCCCGGCAUUGCCCACCUCAUGCAACAGAUGCAUGCCCAACAGUUACCUCCUCACGCACAUGCGCCACCGCUGCCUAUGAUGCCACAUGCGGCUGCGAUUGCUGGCCUGCAACCUCCAACACUACCCGCCAGCAGCGCAGCAGGUCUUCUGGCUCUCUCAAGUUCCCUAGCGGGGCCCGCGGCCCACCUAUCUGCGGCUGCCGCCGCUUCCACAGCCUCUUCCUCAUCCUCUUCCUCUAUUAAGGACCACAGGGAAGAGAAGCGGAACUCCAACUCUGUAAAUGACGACCGGCAGGUAAGCAGUUCCUCUUCUCUUUUCUGUUUUCCGUUUUGUGAAGUUAGCAAUUUUUCGUACAACGUAGUCAUAAAUUGCGUUCUUUUAGAGGCAAAUGAAAUAUAAACCACACCCGAUAUAAUAUUUAAGAUGCUUUUCUAGGAAGGCUAACUCAAAAAACUUCAGAGAAACUUCCUUUAAAUUUCAGCGACCAUUUUCUGUCAUUAUGCGUAGUAUGAUUAUGGGAGUUUUGUAACUUUAAUAAUCCUUUUAUAUUUUCCCACAUGGGUUUGCGUAACAUUCUUUUAUUUCUUCGAAAUUUCCCUCACUUUGGAUACUCAUGGAGUUUAAUUAAUGCUUUAAUCUUACGCACAUGGGUAAUUCUAACUUGAAAAGAAAUAUUUUGUUGUAACCGCAACACACUGAAUAUCUGAUGAAUUAGAGCUGACAUGUUAUAAUCCACGAUGUGGCCGAGAAAGCACUUAAUGGAAAUAUCUUGAAUUACGAGGUAGCGCAGCUUCAUUCUUCAUUUUAAAUAAAACACGCCCGAUUUGAUUAAAGAGCAGUCGUUCAGAUAUGACAUACGUUUUGAAAAUGCCAAGUACAAAGUGACACUUUGUACUUUGAAAAUGCCAAGUACAAAGGAAUUUUCUCCUUUCUCACUGCGUUUCUUCUUGGAAUACUAGGAAGCAUGUGAGAUUGGCAAACAAAAGAUUCGGAGUUUAAAUUGCUGUGUAGAUAUCGUUGAAGUUUUACGUUUCUGGCUUCAGAAAAAUUCUACAUCACUCUACAAGAGGCAGCAGAACUGAAAUGGGAAGAACGAUAAUUCGCCGCCAUUUGGAUUUGGCGAUUGAGUCCCCCUUCACUCCAGUCGCUCUUUAAAUAACGAAGAAUAUAAGGAGGAAGAUAGAAAAAUACAAAAUGAGGAACGUUAGCUUUCUUAAAUGGAAUUAAAGUCAUUAACUGAAACCGACUGAGUCUGAUGAAAGAAAGAAACUAGAAGGAAAUAUUUAAGGAAUAGAUAUUAGGACAGACGCUUAUUUUAAAAUAUAAAUUAUUUAUUAAAUAAAAAUCAAGGAAAAGGUAAACAAAUUACCCUUUCAUUUUCUGUGUCCAGAACUUUCGUAUUUUUUAAACCUAAACAGCUGGAAAAAAAUGUGUUUAUCUAGGUCUCAAAUGUAUUAUAACCAUGUUGCAGGCAUAAAAUGGUCUGUAGAAUAUGCAUAAAUUAAAGUCUGUUUUCAGUUUUUGUA